AUGCCACCCGAUCUCAACUCGCUUCCUCCCUCUCGCUCCUCAUCCUCAUCCUCAUCUCUCCCUCAUCGUAACAUCCCGCAACCCGUGUCGCCCGGAAGCGGACCCAUCCCGAUGAACGCCAACACAUCUCCACGCCCAUCCCGAGCGUCCCCGAGUGUAGGCCGACUAUCGGUCUCUGAGCGACGCCGGUCAGCGGCAGGCAUGAACCUAAACCUGACUGAGUCGGGCCCUGGUCCGAGCAACAAUGGUGAUGCCCCGCUGUCGGACCACCGGUCCUCUAUCGGCCAAGCCUUGCGAACAGCCAGUCCCUCCAACCACGGAGGAAGCCCGAUCUUUGCGACCGCAGACCCUCAUCAUCAACGAGCGCCAUCACUAGGAGAGCUACAUCAAGAACUGGAGCAGGAGCAAGAAGCGCAAGUGAAUCGUCUGUUGCAGAUGAUCCGCAGUCAACAGGCCCAACUACAACAACUCCAGAAUCAACAACAACAAACUCCACAGUCCGCCCAAUCCGGAACAGCCGUGGUGGACGAUACACCGCCGUCGGAGCGGUCAGCCUUCUUUCCCCCCAUCCCCCCGCCUGCCGGGAUCAGCCACCGGCCCUCGAUAUCCUCCGUCACGAAUCGCCGGUCAUCACGGACGUCAAGCCAAGCGACAUCCCCGAACUUGCGACCGUUGGAUUCCUCGCGGGGAUCAGAAGCGGGAGAAACUCUCCCGGCGGCCCGCGAGAGUGUGUCUCGGCGGGGCAGCCGUGACGAAGGUGCAUACUACCAGGCCGAGGCGGCGAUGCUCGGUCGAGAAAACCAGAUGCUGCGGCAGAGGAUUCGAGAAUUAGAACGCCAAAUCAACGACCUCACAACAGCAUCUUCCGCUGCCCGGCCAGAGGUUGCAUCGGGGCAAGCGGGACCGGAGACUGGGGAUCCACCGAGCGCAGGAUCAACAAGGAAAGAGUGA